CUUUGCUGUUCAUUAAGCCCUUCUCCAGGAGACAACGUGUCUUUGCAGCAUAACGGGGGAGAUCUAGCUAAGUGAACCCCAGAGGACUUCUCAACGGAGACAAUCAGAAAGACCAUGUUUCCCCAGACAUGGUGUCAUACUGGUUGUACGAGUUGACAAGAAGGCCGUUCGGGCUACCCACCGAUGCAACACUGGUUGUUCAUUGGUGCACACUCGAAUGUGAUUCAAGGCGGGGGGACAUUCACUAAUCAUUCAAAUGGAGAUCUCUGUCCAACCUGACAUCGCAAGACCUCUGCAAAAGUACUGCCUCCUCGCCUCUGCUAGAACAAUCCAGCAUUCACGAUGGGUAAAAUUGUAGUAGCAUUUGAUUUGUAUGGCACUUUGUUGUCCACCGAAAGCAUCGCAGUUGCCUUGGCAUCACACUUUGGUGAAGACAAGGCCAAGUCCAUUGCUGCAUUAUGGAGGAGGUACCAACUCGAAUAUACCUGGAGACUCAAUAGCAUGAAAAAGUAUGAACACUUCUCCGAGGUCACUCAGAAAUCUCUUCACCAUGCCUUGGGCGACCACAAUCUGAAGUUGGAUGAUGCUCAGACCCAGAAACUGAUGCAGUCCUACGAUCAGCUGUCGACUUUUCCUGAUGUGAACCCUGCUCUCGACCGGCUGGCUGAGAAUCCAAACAUUGAGUGUGUGGUCUUUUCUAACGGCACAAACAUAAUGGUGUCCAAUUCGGUCAACAAGUCAGGCAGUCUCCGCUCUUCUGCCUUCAAAGAUCUCAUCACCGUGGACGCCAUUGAACAAUUCAAGCCAGCACCGGAGGUGUACAAAUAUCUAGCUGAAAAGGUCGGUAAGGUUGGACAGGAGUCUGAUCUGUGGCUGGUGUCAGGCAAUCCGUUCGACGUAGUAGGUGCGCGAGCGAUUGGCAUGCAAGCUGCAUGGGUUGAUCGAGCGGGUAAUGGAUGGCAGGACAGACUUGGCCAAGGUCCAACUGUGGUUGUCAGAGAUCUGGGACAAGUCGCCGACGCCGUGGAGAACCACGCCAGAAAAUGAGCAAAAGAUACCUCAAGCGAUUUGUAUUAUAAGAGUGUGGCUAUACGCUAUACUGGCUCGUCUGUAUAUCGCCCGUUUGGAGUCGUCGAGUUCAAGUCUCGCGAUCUCCUAGCGUGCUCCAUUUUCGCCGCCCAGAGGCCACUGCCCGCGGCUGUGGUGAGUAAAAAGAACAUGCUCAGGACGGGACAAAGUUGCAGGGUCAGGGCCACGAUCCCGAACCACGUGUAUUUCAUCUGGCGCUUGCGGACAUAUUCUUUGCGUUCCUUCUUGGACAAGCCAAUGAAUUGAAAAUACCUCCAAUGGUGGAAAGGCCCAGCUCGAUAGCCGGUCAGGACAAGGAAAAUGGGCACCCCAACGAAAGGGAUGAAAUUGAUAGGCAGCAGAAUAACAAACUCCACGAUCUGCCGGAGACUGAACGGACUGUAAAUGGCUGUGACCGAAGGCUUCCCUAGCAUUUUGACUGAGUUGUCGGCAUCAGAAUUCAAUAACCGCGCCUCACCGACCAAGUCAGCCAAUCCCUGGUCUAUGAGGACGGCAUCAAAAGUGUCGACCAGUGUCUCAUCCACAAAGAAGGCUUCGAACAGGAUUGCAACGAUGGCUGCACCUUCGCCCAACACCAGAAACAAGCCACUUAAGAAGGCACCGGGUCCAUGGAAGAUGGCUAGGAAGGCGACUUGAGGAAGAAAUGCCCAGACGAAGAGAUUGACGUAGAUGAAUGCGGAGAGGAGGAGGAGUGGAACGAGGCGAGCACGGAAUAGUGGCCAGAGAUAGGGGUGUCGGAAGAAGUAGUAGAUGCCCUGUCAAAACGAACAUUGUCAGAUAUCUCGAAUCUGGGGUGUAGGGGACGAAACUACCCACCUUCAAGGGAUAGAGCCAUGUGGCACCCGUUAGGUUGCGAAUCAUGUUGACCUCGAUCUGGGAUGAUUGGGGUGAUGAACUGAAACUCCUGUCCCUAUCUCACCUCUGUCAAGAACCAUCACCUGGUUGUGGCUGUCUGGAAGAACCACUGCUGAUUGACGCAGGCAGUGAUACGCAGGCUGCAGGUUCCAUGGAGGCUGCAGGCAAAGAGGGAAGGGACGACCCUCGCGGCUCCUCAAAGACAGUAGCGAUGACGCAGGCAGGAAUCCCACCAAUCAAAAAAUGCUUGGCUGUUGCGCCAAUCCACAGCCUUUAAAUUCCAAAACUCUC